GCACCGUUCCGAAGUAAACACAUCUAACACAAGUUUAUGGUCGUUUUCAUAAUUGCUAGUCAAAAUCCUUGUGUUAGGAUUAUUAUAAGACAUUCGCAAAAGCUUCAAAGAAAAUGGAAAUCAUUCUCCGGCAAACAACUUUUUUUGCCGGUAGCAGUCUAAUUUUUCGCUCUUUUCGCCCUAUUUCCGAUAUUUUCCGCCGCCAAGCUAGCCAUCAAAUCAGCAGAAAUUAUUCUGACGCCAAUAUAGAGUCAAACUCAAAAAAUGAAAACAGCAUUAAAUCUGGGGUUGAAAACAAAACCAUGUCAGGCUUUGGUAAAGCCUUCGAAAAGUUUUCAUUAUUAACCCGCAAAACACCCCAGAAUGAACCAGAUGUUAAAUUUGCAACAUUGUUAAGACACUCCAAAUUAAUGCAGUUAGGAGAUCCACAAGGGAAAGUUGUUGAAGGCAAAAUAGCCCGGGUAGUUGGUAAUGAUUUGUACAUAGAUUUUGGAUGGAAAUUUGAAUGUGUAUGUCCAAAACCCCUUAAAAACGAAAGAGAUUAUGUCAGGGGCUCCAAAGUAAGGUUACGUCUUCAAAGCUUAGAGCUUUCAACCAAAUUCUUAGGAGCAACAAAGGAGAUAACGCUCCGUGAAGCAGAUGCUGUUUUGGUUGGAGUUGUGCGCACCCCUUUUCAAACGUGAAUUUUUAUUAAAGCAGCAAAGUUAUCACAGGAUUCUUGGCUGCAUCAAAUUAGUCCUCAAAUAAAAAAUGUUGAUUCAGAUGUUUCAAGAGUAUUCUGUAGUACUGUACCUUUGAGGUAAUUUAAUUCUGUUGUCAGGUCUUCUACUUUCUAUUAUAAUGAAGGAAAAAAUUGUCCUUAACUGUUUCAGCUGUAAACCAUUUAAUGUGAUUAAGUUUUGAUGCAGUUUCAACUAAUUUAUUUCCUGCUUGUGGGGUUUUUAGGGGGCAAAAAAAACAACAGUAUAUUGGCGUAAUAAUGGACAAAUCCCAGCACUCCAUUAUAACACAUAUGAAAUACUUUUGCAAGUACAAAAAACUUCUACACA